UGUCGGACCCGACUGAUCGCAGGUAAAGUGAUCUUUGAACCGGUUGAGGCCAAAGUUGUACAGCGGCAGAGCGCGAAGCUGACGAGCCAAACGAUGUCUUCGCUCAAGUUCUACUACGAUCUGAUGUCGCAGCCCUCGCGGGCGCUGUUCAUCAUAUUCCGUUUGAGUGGAAUGCAGUUCGAGGAUUGCGUUGUGGCGCUGCGUAAUGGCGAGCAUCUGACAGAUGAGUUCAAGCUGAAUAUAAAUCGUUUCCAGCGCGUGCCCUGCAUUAACGAUAAUGGCUAUAAGCUGGCGGAAAGCGUGGCCAUACUGCGCUACCUCAGUGCCAAGGGCGAGAUCCCGGAGAUACUGUACCCCAAGUAUUUCGCCAAGCAGGCUCGCGUCGAUGAGUUCCUCGAGUGGCAGCAUACGACGCUGCGCGUCACCUGUGCCAUGUACUUUCGCACCAUCUGGCUGGAUCCGCUGCUGACGGGUCGUUCGCCCAAGGAGGACAAAAUCGAGAAGCUGCGCAUGCACAUGGAGCGCAAUCUGGACAUCAUCGAGCAGGUCUGGCUGGCCAAGAGCGAGUUCCUAACCGGAUCUACGCUCACGGUGGCCGACAUCUUUGCCGCCUGUGAAAUCGAGCAAACGCGCAUGGCCGAUUACGAUGUGCGCAUCAAGUUCCCCAAGAUACGCGCCUGGCUGAAGCGCGUCCGGCACAGCUGCAAUCCGCACUACGAUGCGGCCCACGCGUUCGUCUACAAAAUUUCGGGCACUGGACCACAGGCGAAACUCUGAAGCACUACCAAAC